AAAAAAAAAAAAGUCGUGACCUUUGGAGCUAGUAGUACCCAAUUUGCUUGGAGAGCAAAACAAACUUUGAAGCUUCCAUAUUUGACGGCCACAGAGGGAGAAGGCAAUUUCGCCUUCUGUCUCUCCUUUUCUUUCUCAUUUCCUCCUGAAGAUUUCUUUUUUCUGUUGUCUGGGGAAAACGAAGCAGACGAAGGAAGUCAAACACCACCGUUUUUAAGGUGACUUCGUAGUCUUGUGAUCUCGCUUCUGUUCUUUACUUUUCCGAUUGAAAUUUUGCUUCUUUCUUAGCAAUAAAUGUCAUUGAUUUCUGGGUUUCUCCUCUUUUCUCUUCUGUUAUUCUGCUUUUCGUUGAUAUCGAGCUUGGAACUCGGCUGUUAUCAGUUUUUGUGAGAGUUAAUUUUGAGAUUGAACGUAUUCAUAAUGUUUGUUUGACUGUAUGUUCUAAUUGUUGACUUUAAUUUGGUCAAUAUUCUUAAGAUUUGAAUGUGAAUCAGAGGUGAAGAGAGAUUCUAACAGAGGCUCAAUUUCACUGCACAUAUUUUUUGAGCAACUGGUUAGAAUGCAUUUCGAGAAUGGGGAUGGUCUAUUUCAGCUUAGACAAUAGACAUUGUUGUAUAUUCUUGUUAUAGCCAUUUUGGUAUUAUUGGUGUGUGAAAGGAUGAUACUUUGUGGAGAAGCUGAGAGAAAACUGGAAAGCCCAAUUUUUAUUCUGUUAAAUGGGUUUUACUCUGACAAUUAUACAAGAUAUGGGGUGACUUUGAAUAAGUAAUGUACAAAGUUUCUCAAUUCUUUGUGUAGAACUUCGUGGACAAGAGAGCUAGAUGGCUAAUAAAAUGUAAUUUUUCUUUGUAAUUCAUGGCUUGGUUACACGACCAAGUGUUGAAACCUUAAUUACUGCGUUUGGUGGCUCCGUUGUCAUAAUUCUGGUGAGAGGCUUCAGACGAUGAUUCGUGCAAAGCACAUUAGUAAUCUUUCUAGCUCAGCAAGAUCAUUUUUUCUUAGUGGAUCGAGACCGAGUGCUGCUGAUGGAAAUUCUUGUACAUGUGCUGAGGAUGAAAGUGGCGUCUCGAAACGCCAGCAAAUUAGGACUGAAGUUGUACAGACUGGUAAAAGAGCAUCUAAUUUAGCAGCUGGACUAGCUGGAAGUAUAUUACCAGUAGAGGCUGGUAAACCGCUGGUGGUCCCAAAGACGGUUGAGCAUUUCACCCGGCCAUCGCUUCUUCCGCAACAUGUUUCCUCUCCUGCUUUGCCAGGGAAAGCAGAUUCUGUAAAUCAUGCUUCUGCUAUUAUUAAAGAAGACGUGGGGGUACCUAUUGGUGAUCAGAUAUUCAAGGCUGGUAUUGGAAAUGUAAAUUUAUUGUCAGAUAUAGCAAACUAUAAGAUCCCUUUAUCAGAUGGAACUGAAGUUGUUGGUUUGCCUAAAAGCUGUAUGGUUGAUCCUACUCGGCCUAUUUCAGGUGUAAAGUCUUCAAAUGUGAAAGUCAUCAGAAGAGAGCACCUUGCUAAAGUCUAUCCUAGGUCCGCUGACCGAGUUCCUAUAAACAGCUCUCCAGGUACUAAGCAAGCUUCAAAUGACGUUGCUGGGAAGUCGUUUGAAGCUCAUGAUUUACUCUCUAACAAUGUCUCUGGAAAGAGGAAAAUCAUGCCACAAAGACCCUAUACUGAUUCAACCAGGUAUGCGUCGGGUGGUUGUGACUAUAGUGUGCAUUCUUCGGAUGACAGGACGAUAAUAUCUUCUGUUGAAGGUUUUGGUAAACCCUCAAGGGAAAUGAUGAAAGUGACUCCAAGGACUGCUCCAACACCUAGGCAGCAUUGUAACCCUGGAUAUGUUGUAGAAAAUGUUUCUAGUAUAUUGCGGAGAUUCAAGUGGGGACAUGCUGCCGAAGAGGCCCUUCACAAUUUUGGUUUCAGGAUGGAUGCAUACCAAGCUAAUCAAGUUCUUAAGCAGAUGGAUAAUUAUGCGAAUGCGCUUGGUUUCUUCUAUUGGCUGAAAAGGCAACCUGGGUUCAAGCAUGAUGGGCAUACGUAUACCACUAUGGUAGGUAAUCUUGGUCGUGCAAAGCAAUUCGGUGAGAUAAACAAGCUUCUUGAUGAGAUGGUUAGGGAUGGGUGUAAGCCAAAUACUGUUACAUAUAACCGACUCAUCCAUAGCUACGGGCGUGCAAAUUACCUCAAAGAAGCGAUGAAUGUUUUUAAUCAGAUGCAAGAGGCUGGUUGUGAGCCUGACCGUGUAACUUACUGUACCCUGAUAGAUAUCCAUGCUAAAGCUGGAUUUCUUGACAUUGCCAUGGAUAUGUACCAAAGAAUGCAAGAAGCAGGGCUUUCUCCUGAUACCUUCACCUACAGUGUUAUAAUAAACUGUCUUGGAAAAGCGGGCCAUUUACCUGCUGCCCAUAGGCUCUUUUGUGAAAUGGUUGGUCAAGGUUGUACUCCUAAUUUGGUCACAUUCAACAUCAUGAUAGCUUUGCAUGCCAAGGCGCGGAAUUAUGAGACUGCGUUGAAGCUCUACAGAGACAUGCAAAAUGCCGGGUUUCAACCUGACAAAGUGACCUACAGUAUUGUUAUGGAGGUACUUGGACACUGUGGAUUUCUCGAGGAAGCAGAGGGUGUUUUCGCUGAGAUGCAACGUAAGAACUGGGUUCCUGAUGAACCGGUUUACGGUCUUUUGGUGGACUUGUGGGGAAAAGCUGGCAAUGUAGAUAAAGCUUGGCAGUGGUAUCAAGCAAUGCUUCAAGCCGGUCUGCGACCUAAUGUUCCCACCUGCAAUUCCCUUCUCAGCACUUUCCUUAGGGUCCACAGGAUGUCUGAAGCCUAUAACUUAUUACAAAGCAUGCUGGCGCUUGGUCUACAUCCUUCUUUGCAGACAUACACAUUGCUAUUGAGUUGUUGCACAGAUGCUCGUUCAAACUUUGACAUGGGCUUUUGUGGCCAGCUAAUGGCAGUCUCAGGUCAUCCGGCUCACAUGUUUCUGCUCAAAAUGCCACCUGCAGGUCCUGAUGGCCAAAAAGUGCGUGAUCAUGUCAGCAACUUCCUUGAUUUUAUGCACAGUGAGGACAGAGAGAGCAAGCGAGGACUCAUGGACGCAGUAGUGGAUUUUCUCCACAAGUCAGGUCUAAAAGAAGAGGCUGGCUCGGUAUGGGAAGUGGCUGCAGGUAAGAAUGUGUAUCCAGAUGCAUUGAGGGAGAAAAGCUACAGCUAUUGGCUUAUAAAUCUCCAUGUAAUGUCGGAAGGAACUGCAGUCAUCGCACUUUCCAGGACACUUGCAUGGUUCCGUAAGCAGAUGUUGGUUUCAGGAGACUGUCCUUCACGGAUUGAUAUAGUAACUGGUUGGGGAAGACGAAGUAGAGUCACAGGCACGUCGAUGGUUAGACAAGCAGUUGAGGAAUUGCUCAACAUAUUCAACUUCCCGUUUUUCACUGAGAACGGGAACUCAGGCUGUUUUGUAGGAAGCGGAGAGCCUCUCAAGAAUUGGUUGCUUGAAUCAUAUGUUGAGAGGAUGCAUUUGCUUUAGUUGUAGAUUAGUUGUUUUGUUUUCUUCUUUUAAGGCCUCUUAUUUUUUUUGAUCUUUUGGCGGAAUCUCAAUGGUUUGGUUUUGUAGGUCAUAAGUUUAAGGUUAUUGAUGACUGGAAUUUGUCUCCAGAUUUUUGUUCUCAUGUCAACAUUAUAUAAUUCAAUCUUUGAGGGUGAUACGACCCUAAUUUAUUACAUUUGGAAUAUUUUUUAUAUUUUAUUUUUGUACAUCAUCAAAUGUUACAAAAAUGUUUUCUUACCAGCCAUGUACUACAU